AUGAGCUCCUACCUGUCCUCUUUCACAGGAGGGUCCUCCAUCUCCACCGCUCUCAGCUCACGACUCAACAGCCUCCGCCGAGCCAUCACCCUCGGCGACGAAGGCGACGACCCCGAGAACGAAGACUGCUCGCACAUUUCCAACGCCCUACGAGCUUACUAUACCGAGAAGGGCCGCCCCUUCCCUCCCUGGCUGCCUCCAGAUCCCAAAGCUCCAGCCGCCGCCACACCGCGCGUCAUCGCAACGGCCCAGCCAGGCAGCCAAGGCUCCGUGAACUACGGUCGAGGCGGCGGCCUAGGGGAUCUCUGGGGCGAUUCUGGCGCCUCCUCUCCCUCUUCCGCACAAACAGCCUCCCUCCGACGCGGCCGCGGCGGAGCUGCAAGCGUCCCGCCUCCUUCGCCAGGGCCUCAGAGCUCGACGCUCCCGUAUGCAUCCCCUCUCACGCAUGCUCAGUCUCAGCCCCUCCGUCCCUCGGGUGGCCGGCCGCUACCUAGCCAGCGUGCAGGCUCGUCGCAAUCAAUUGGGUCCGGUGGAUCGGGUGGCUCGGCGCAGGAGAGGCUGCGGGCUCGUUUGCAAGGUGGUCGCUCACCUAGCCCGGCGAAUAUGGACCCCAGUAUUCGAAAGCCGGUUGGGUCGUCGGGGAGACAGUAUUAG